AUGGGCUCCCUUACCGUGCCGGCCUGUGUCAGCACCGUGCUCCUAGAUAUCGAGGGCACCACCACCCCGAUUACCUUUGUGAAGGAAAUUUUGUUCCCUUACAUUCAAGACAAUGUUAAAGAAUAUUUGCAGGAUCACUGGCAAGAAGAAGAGUGCCAGGAGGAUGUUCAGCAUCUAAGAUUACAGGCAGAAAAAGACAAGGAACUUGAAGGAUUUGUGCCAAUUCCUGUGAAUGAAGCAGAGAUACAACAGAUUAUCCAGGGUGUGGUUGAUAAUGUUCAUUGGCAGAUGUUACUUGACAGAAAGACAACAGCACUUAAACAGCUCCAAGGCCACAUGUGGAGAGCCGCAUAUGCUUCUGGGCAAGUCAAAGGAGAGGUUUAUGCUGAUGUUGCUCCAGCACUGAGAAAGUGGAAGGAAGCAGGCAUAAAACUUUACAUAUUUUCCAGUGGUAGUAUUGAAGCUCAGAAACUGUUGUUUGGAUACUCAAUUGAAGGUGCCCUGCUUGAGUUGUUUCACGGGCAUUUUGACACUACUGUUGGACCUAAAGUGCAGAGUGAAAGUUACAGAAAAAUUGCUGAUCAUAUUGGAUGUUCAACAGAAAGUAUCCUUUUUUUAACUGAUAUUACUAAAGAGGCGAAGGCUGCAAAGGAAGCGGGAAUGAAUGUGGCUGUGGUAGUGAGACCUGGUAAUGCAGCACUAACAGAUGAAGAGAAAGCUAGCUACCCCCUUGUAAACUCUUUUGAGCAGAUAACCUUGCAUCCUGUACAAUAA